CUAUGUCUCCAAAGAGUCUUUGCUAUAUAAUGUCAGUUUAUUAAAAUAUAUUUUAUAAGUGUUAGCUUAAUAUACUGUUAAAUAUGCAUUCACACGUGCUCCCAAAUAAGAGUGAAGAUGAGAUGACUGUGGAAGAAAAAUGGAGGGUACAACAUAUAAGGAUGCAUGAGCAGCAUCAGGGACAUGAGUCAAUGCAUGCUGAAAUGCUACUUAUUUUAUUAUUGACAUUGUUAAUAGCACAGGUUGUAUUAGUUGAAUGGAAAAAAGUACAUUAUAAAUCAUAUCAGCUUGUUACUUUAAUUGCUAUGUGGAUUAUUCCAUUUGGAUUAAGUUUAAAAAAUCAUUGGUGGAGGUUUAUAUUUUUCUGGUUAGUAACAUCUUGUAUAACAGGACUGAUAGUAAGAAAAGCUAUUCAGCAACCUAUAGCAGGUACAACUCCAAGAUUGGUGUACAAAUGGUUUCUUUUCAUAUAUAAGUUAAGUUAUAUAUUGGGUAUUAUAAGUUAUGUUAUAAUGGUGGCCACACUGUUUGGAUUACAUCUUGUAUUUGAAGUCAAGGCAAAUGUAUGGAUAGAUUUUUGUGUUCUUUUGCUGUUUUAUGGUCUUUAUUUUGGAGUGUUAGCACGAGAUAUUGCAGAGAUAUGUGCAGAUAAAAUGGCUUCACAUAUCGGAUAUUAUGUGCCAGGCCAUAUGCCAACAAGAACUUUAGAACCCGGUGUGUGUGCAGUAUGUGGAAAUAGACUUUUAGUGUCAGAAUAUGAACCUGGUGUUAUUGAGAACACAUAUAAACUUAGUUGUGACCAUGUGUUUCACGAAUUUUGUAUCAGAGGAUGGUGCAUUGUGGGAAAGAAGCAAACGUGUCCGUAUUGCAAAGAAAAGGUUGAUCUUAAGAAAAUGUUUUGCAAUCCAUGGGAACGACCUCAUGUUUUGUAUGGCCAACUGUUAGAUUGGAUCAGGUGGUUAGUUGCUUGGCAACCAUUAGUUUUGUUUCUCGUUCAAGGUAUCAAUUGGGGCCUAGGCCUCGAAGUAACGGAAGAUUCUAACUUUGACAACGGAAACGUGAACACGACGAGUCUAGGGAUCGAUAUACGUUAAUACCUAUAAAUCCUCGUCCAUCAAUCGUAACAAGCGCGUGCCGAGACAGGUGCGAGAUCUAAAGGGGAGGAUGUGAAUCUCGUUGGACACGCAUAGAUAGAAUCCAACUGCGGGCUUAUACGAAAAGAGAGAGAAAAAAAAAGAAAGAAAGAAUGAGUAAUGACAACUCUGUCAGUGAUGUUACUAAAAGUCUUUAAUUAAUAAUUCAUCAUUAUUCGUUAGCAAAAAACAACUUUUAUCACAUCACGCAUUCAUAGGUACUUCUUCUUCAGACCUUCGGACUUGUUUAGCGAGAGCACCAGAUACAUUUUAUAUGUAUAUAUUCAUUUAUACACUUAUUACUAAAAACCUCUCGCUAUUGUCGUGGGGGAGAGAAACUGUGCGACAGGUGAGAUACAAGGCAGGCGAGGUGUGGUGAGAAAGAACAUUUAACAGACGUGUUUUGUAUAAAAACACGGGGGCCUGAACACGGAUUUAAGAAAGAAAAAAAAAAAAGAGAGAAAGAAGUAAAGAAAAAAACAGAUGACAGAGGUGUGAAACAAUCGGUUUUAGACAAAGUUUUGGCUGUUUGGUGGGUUCAGACGCCACGAAUACGAUGGGACUGAAGGGAUGGGUCAAAGGGCAGACAAUCACAAAC